CCUGCAUGUGCGGUUCGCUAACAUUUAUCCGUAACCCGACUGCAUGAUAACCAACUGGGUGGACAGCCGCAAAACACCUGGAGGGUGAUUCUAGUCUGCGCCUCCAUUGGCGAACAAAGUCCAAGGACCGCCGUCGCGACGCACUCGCAACCGCGCCUCGCAAAUCGCCGAGGAGCAUGGCAUUAUAGACGCCGAGCAAAGUCGAACUUGUGCCGCCCUCUAUAAUGGCUGGCUCCUCACCCCAUCGCCCGCCAAGCUACCACCGGGCGAGCCCGUCGCGAUCCGUGCUCGAGGAGAUCAUUGACGACGACCGGAACUCGGAAGCGCGACACAAAUACCUCCUCGAAGCUGCCAAGAGGGAACAUGACCGAAUCAGGGAAGAUGCUGAAAGAGUGUACCGGGAGCAACUCCAGAGGGAGGAGGCGCAGCGCCUCCUCGCCGAGCGUCGCAAGGAGGAGGAGAGGAUCAAACUCGAGGAGCAACUCGCUGCCGAACGCACGAGGUUAAAUGCCCUCAGGGCGACCAAGGUUGCGAUCCCACCUCCAUUACCAGAGCCUCAGCAGCCUGCACCGCCAACACCCAACGGUACAACUCCAGCCCCGAAGUCGGCCAACGCCCGGGCACCAACGCAAACGAAUGGCGCGACAUCGCAACCAGCAACAAAACCCCCGGGAGUGGCUACGCCAGGGCUUCAAGUAUCCAAGCCGUCCGCUCAGGCCCCGGCGGCUGUCCCUCAGAAGGCCGCCGAACCUGCUAGACCGGCGACCUCGGCCUUGGGAGUCGGUGGUCUUCUGAGUAAUGUUCCGCAACCCAAUGGCGACACCUCCACGGCCGAAACGUCUCGCUCGGCUGCUCCACCGCCCGCGCAACCGCGCCCAGAUCGGUAUUCCGAAAUCCACAAGAAUCUCAAAAAUCUACGGAAAUUCAUGGCGGAACAGGCAAAAACGAACCCGAUUCUCAAGGAGAGAAUGGGCGACAUGCGGAGAGAACUACGGAAAUCCGUCGGGCAACUCACUGUGUCUUCUGGAGUUGCCGGGGUAAACAGAGUUCAGCAACAAACGAUCGUCAAACUGAUGCGAGAGGCACUCUCAAACCAGGUGCAAUCGCAGUUGAUGGACCCCAACGAGUUUCUAUUGACGCCGAGGAAGAAUCCAGUCGAAGGAGCCGCACACAACGAACCCAUGCUGCCCUCGGUCUUUCUCUACCUCAUCAAUAUUUUCGCAAAGGCCGCCAUCUCGCAGUUUAUCAACGAGGCUGGGGCGCGGCCGGAGACGGCAGACCCGAUCGGGGUCUGCGUUGCUGCCACCCUCUCGGAGCCCGAUUUCCUCUGGCGGGGCGGGUCAAUGAUCGACAUCCUGCUCGCUAAGUUCAGGAUAGUCUGCCCGGUGCUCUUCGGCUACCGCGGCAGCGAGAAAACGGAGCAAGGGAGGCAGAGGCUAGGCUGGUGGAAAGAAAACGGGCGAUGGGUGACGCAGCAGCAACAUAUGGACCGCAUGACGGGCCUCGGGGCCGGCUUUGCGGCGAUCUCGCUGCGGAAGUUCAUGGCGGUCAAGAAGGAGAAUCCUUAUCCCCCGCGGCACUACUGGACGGCCAUGGCUCGGAUCGUCAACACGCCGUCGGCGGAAAUCUCGGACACGCAAUGCGUCGUGCUUAAGUCCAUGGUGGAGAACUACGAGCAGAAGUUUAUCGAGUUUUACGGUACGGCCGCACUGGCGGCACUGCGUAUGGCCCUGGUCGAGUUUCCCGCCAGAGCGCCACAGAAGACAGCGGCUGUCAAUUCUCUCGACGUGUUGGCUCAGCUACUAAAGCGGGACGCGGGCUUGGUUCUUGGAUAAGCUGGUCGGGCUGAUCAGGGUACGGGAAUGGGUGUCCCUAAGAUGUCUACAUAAUGUUGGCUCCAGAUAGAGAGGCUCUGGUUCGGCGUUGCCUUGCGGGUUGAAAAGCGGCGGCUAUGCGAGACAGGGGAUGUGAAGGUCACGCUUUUGGGACUGCAUGUGUCCUAGCUGG